AUGACUGAAUCCUUCGCCUCGUUGGCAGCAAAGAAGCGCCGGUGGAACACGCGAGCAAUGAUGAAUGCCCAUCACUUGCCCGCGGCGUUCAGGAUUUGGCUCGUGUUGUCGGUGGCUUGUUUCAUGUGCCAGGCACCAUGCAACUUUGCGACACCGAGGCAGUUGCCAUCACGGCAAGUUCGCGAGAAAGAGGGCAUAGCCAAGAGCGUGAAAGCAGAGAGGCUAAACGCUUUGACAGACUUGAGCGAGGACGGGAAGAAGCUGCUCAACAGGAUUAGCGAUGCAGGACGCAACGGAGAUUGGUUGGAAGUGCGCAGGCUUUUCGGCGGAUAUGCAGGUGCCGAGGUCCAGAUUUUCAAUGCCGUCAUGCACAUUGCCUUGAAAUGUGGCCAGGUUCAACAAGGGGAACAUGUUUACCAGAAGCUCUGUGGUUUAAACAUUCCGAAAACAUCGCCAACUAUCACAGCUGCCUUGAAAAUUUAUUCGCGUCUGGGGCAAGACCAAGCUGUGCGGCAAAUCUGGGCAGAGGCCAAACAGUCGAUGAAUAUAGAUGAGGUAAUGGCAUGUGCCCGCAUUGAAGCGGCGGCUGACCAAGGGGACAUUGAAACAGCUGCGAGAGUUCUAGAUGAAUUGAGAUCCUAUGCAGUCGAGAUGGACACGUUGCAUGUAACAUCCGCCAUCCGGGCUUGCCGGAAUGCUGAGGGUUGCAAUCACAACGCUGCGACAUUUCUCUACCGACUGCUGCUGGACAGCGGGCUGGAGCCAGACAUCGUGACGUUUACAUGCGUCGUUGGGGCCUAUGCAAAUGCACCGCUGAGAAGCCUCCUCGAAGCACGCGACGAUAUGGUCUUACGUGGCAUCCAACCUAACAAGCUCUUCGCAGAGACUUAUCUGACAAGCGUGCUUGCGAUUAUGAAGGAUGAAGUGACCCUCGCGGGAACAAGAACGGCCAGGCAGUUUGCCGAGUAUUUGAUUUCACGGCCACCUGCACGCUUGAAGGAAGCCAGGGCUGCACUUGCUGGCUUUAAAUCUGCUGGUGUUAAGCUAUCGCAGCUGAGUCUUUGCAUCGACGAAGCUUUGCAGAUAUUGGCGGUUGAGCAGACCUGA